GACAAAUAUUACAGCGGGUCUUACAGUCUGGACUUAAUUUGAGCAACGGUGAAUACACGUACAGUGUACAGCGUAUUACAGUUACAAAAGUUCACUUUAUAUUUGGAAUCAAAAAAAAACAUCAAAGAUUUUAAACCUAUCGUUAAAGAUGGGAUGCAGUUUGAGUAAAUCACAUAACACGAAACGUUUAACAAAAUUCAUAAACCUAACGGCUAACACAGUUGACAUUAGAAAUGUUUAUGCAGAAAGCCAGUUGGAAGAGCAUACUUCAUUUGUGGAGAAUCUUGUAAAAGAUAUCCUCGAGAAUGUUGGCAAAAUAGAACCAGCGCUUGCCACCGAUGGGCUGAUAAAUCGAGGGAGCUACUAUGACAGGACAAAAAUACUUCACCCCGAUGAGUAUGAUUACCAUCCGAUACUAGGGCUAUCUCAAUAUGUAACAGAUGUAACGAAUGCAAGUGACAGCCAUGAGGAUGAUGGAAAACGCAAAAUUAGAAUCAAUGUUAAUAAACUCCCUUAUCCUCUACCUUCCGAGUGCUUGGAAAAUAUCAAUGAGAAUGAUGGUGAAGCCGAUCUUAGAACUGAAGAGUUACUUAACAUGCUACUCAAUACGAUAUCCGCAGUAUUAAAAGAAAUGGAAACUCGGAAAUCUGUAAAAUUCUACUGGAGCCAAAACUACCGCCGGUCCUACAAAAAAGAAAUAGAUAAUGUUGUCAUCCAUGGCCCAAGUGCUUUGCUAAUACGGGUUGGUGCGCCUUUAGGUAUAACAGACAUCGACUUGUGUUUCUGUUUGAAGUGGAAGCCUCAUGAGUUAGGGCCAAGUGUUCAUAUUAUUGAUAGAAAGAAUUCCUGGGACAUUUGGUUAGAAUCCGUGGUAGAACUACCAAAUUCAGAUAAGUAUGUACUAACACCACCCCAUCGGAAGUUAUUUCUAACAUUGAAGUAUCUCUCCAAUUUAACACGUUUAUUGGGAAUUGUAUGGCAAAUUUCAUCACAUGUUCUAAAAACUCUUAUCCUGAAUCAUCAACAGAAGUGUCGAGCAAGCAGUUUGGGCGAAUGCUUAAUUUCCAUCAUCAAUGAAUUGAUCGUAAAACCCGAUGAUGAACACAAUCCCUGCGAUAUACCCGAUGAUGAAUACAAUUGCGAUGAAGACUUCCUGUACUUGUUUUACUCUAACCUGCUCAUUCCAAAUCCAAUAUUCCCUGGGGAACCACAAAGAUUAUCGCCAAAUGAUCGUAUACCUAUGCUCAUUUCAAUGGUGUGGAUUGUACAGCAUAUUAAGCUAAAUCGGAGUAAUAACUGGUGGAAUGCAUUUCUCUCAAAUAACCUCAUUGGGGUCAGAAGGAAUCGCAUUUUACAAUCUUUAAUGGAUGGUUUGCACGAAUACUAUCUGUUAGCUACAUCAAAAUCGCAUGGUAGAUAUGUUAAACUUGAGUGGCAACAUGACGCUAAAAAGUCAAUAGUUUUGAUAGACUGUAUCAAUCCAAAUUAUUUCGAUCGUCCUUUUCGUAAAGUUUAAUCGGUCCCUUGCCAUGAUAACAUUUUAUAAGGACAAAACAUGAAGGUUUCUUCAAUAUGACAAAGAAUGGAAUGAAAUGCAUGGGUGUAGCAAGGCAGACGAGGCAAUUGCUUCUACUGAAAUACAGUUAUUCAGAUGUUUUAGUAAAUAGGCAUGACAAUGAAUGGAUUGCAUAGGUGUAGCCAGGCACGAAGCAGACGAGGUAUCUGCCUCUACAGAAAUACAGUUAUUCAGAUGUUUUAGUAGAUAGGCAUGGCAAUGAAUGGAGAGAGAUAUAUUGUAUUUGAGAUGGUAAAAAUACAUUGGUAGGUCAAUUGUAUAUGUUGCUUGCAAUUUUGUCGACAGAAAUAUAAUGUAAAUACAGAUGGAGCCAAUUUAAAAAAAAAAAA